AUGCUCCGGUCAUACUUGCACCUAGGCAGGCAUCGAACGCCGGCUUUUCGCCAGCCACUCGGACGAUUGCUAAGACCAACCGCGUCGAUACUGCAGUAUGCUCAGUCUCGGACGCUCGCUUCAGUAUCUAGCUUGGAGAGCUUGCCGGAGGUGGGAGACCAGCUCCAUGGGUUUACAGUUCAGGAAAAGAAACAAGUGCCGGAAUUGCACCUUACAGCUAUCCGUUUAAGGCAUGACAAAACCCACGCGGAUUACCUGCAUAUCGCACGAGAAGACAAGAACAAUGUUUUCGGCAUCGGUUUCAAGACAAACCCUCCGGACGCCACAGGUGUGCCCCAUAUUCUGGAGCAUACCACUCUCUGCGGCAGCGAGAAAUAUCCUAUCCGCGAUCCGUUUUUCAAAAUGUUACCGCGGUCCCUCUCAAAUUUCAUGAACGCUUUUACUUCGUCCGACCACACUAUGUAUCCGUUUGCCACAACGAAUCAACAAGAUUUUCAGAACCUCUUGUCGGUCUACCUAGACGCCACUAUGCAUCCUCUGCUUAAAGAGGAAGACUUUAGGCAGGAAGGAUGGCGUUUGGGACCUGAGGAUCCCCGUGCAAUCCAAACUCAGGAGGGAAAUCUGAAGCCUGAAGACAUUCUGUUUAAGGGUGUUGUGUACAACGAAAUGAAGGGUCAGAUGUCAGAUGCGAACUACUUAUAUUGGAUUAGGUUCCAGGAAAGCAUCUUUCCGGCCAUCAAUAACUCCGGAGGAGACCCCCAACAUAUCACGGAUCUGACGCACAAGCAACUCGUGGAGUUUUCCAAGAAGAACUACAAUCCCAGUAAUGCUAAGAUCAUCACUUACGGCGACAUGCCUUUGGCCGAUCAUCUGAAGCAGGUCGGUGGCGUCCUAAACGACUUUUCGAAAGGGGCUGUCGACACAACGGUGAAGUUGCCCAUUGAGCUCCGAGGCCCCAUAAAUGUGACUGUCCCGGGACCAAUCGACACUUUCGUAAGUGAAGACAGACAAUUCAAAACAUCCACUUCUUGGUACAUGGGCGAUAUCACGGAUACUGUCGAGACCUUUUCGGCCGGCAUCCUCUCGUCCCUUUUGUUAGAUGGUUAUGGGUCUCCCAUGUACAAAGCUCUGAUUGAAAGUGGCUUGGGCUCCUCGUUCACUCCUAACACGGGACUCGACACUUCUGGUAAAAUCCCUAUUUUUUCGAUUGGAGUUACAGGUGUGAGCGAGGAGCAAGCUCCUCGGGUCAAAGAAGAGAUUCAGCGAGUCCUUCAGGAAACUCUUCAGAGGGGCUUCAACGAUGAAAAGGUCCAAGGAUUUCUCCACCAGCUGGAGCUUGCUCUGCGUCAUAAGACAGCGAACUUUGGCCUCGGUGUUAUUCAGAAAACCUUCACCUCUUGGUUCAACGGCUCCGAUCCUAUGAAGGAGCUUGCAUGGAACGAGGUUAUCAAUGCCUUCAAAAGUAGGUACGAAAAAGGAGGCUACUUAGAGGCGUUGAUGCAAAAGUACCUCAUCAACGAUAACUGCCUGACUUUUACGAUGGUUGGUACCCCUUCAUUUAACAAGGAAUUGGAUGAUAAGGAAAUGGCGCGGAAGGAGAAAAAGUUUGAGCAAUUAACUCAGCAACAUGGUUCUGUUGAGAAGGCUGUGACUGAGCUUGCUAAAGCAGAGCUGCAGCUGCUUGAAGUUCAGGAAAAGGCCCAGCAUGCUGACCUGAGCUGUUUGCCGUCUUUGCGUGUGGAGGAUAUUUCACGGCAGAAAGAGCACAAGCCAGUCCGCGAAUCUAAGGUCGAAGGCACAGAUAUUGUUUGGCGCGAAGCUCCAACCAAUGGACUGACCUAUUUUCAAGCUGUGAAUGCCUUCGCCGAUCUUCCUGAUGAUCUCCGCCUGCUCCUGCCACUUUUCAACGAUGCAAUCAUGCGGCUUGGAACACCAACUAGGACCAUGGAGCAGUGGGAAGACCUGAUAAAACUCAAAACGGGUGGUGUCUCGACCUCGAAUUUCCAUACUACAUCGCCAACAGAGAUGGGCAAAUACACUGAGGGACUUCAAUUUUCUGGUUUCGCUCUGGACAAAAAUGUCCCCGACAUGUUGGAAAUUCUCACAGCUCUCGUUACUGAGACAGACUUCACCAGCCCUUCUGCUCCGGCCAUGAUCCAGGAGCUUUUGCGGCUGACUACCAACGGGGCAUUGGAUGCUGUUGCAGGAACUGGUCACCGAUACGCUCUAAACGCAGCUGCUGCCGGUCUUUCUCGUAGCUUCUGGGCACAAGAGCAGACCUCAGGUCUAGCACAGCUGCAAGCUACGGCGAAUCUCCUGCGUGAUGCCGAAACUUCUCCAGAACGCCUAGCCGAGCUGAUCGAAAAGCUUCGUCUCAUUCAAUCAUUCGCUAUCUCGAAGACAUCUGGUCUUCGUGUUCGCCUCGUCUGCGAACCGGCCAGCUCGACCCAGAAUGAAUCUGUUCUGCAAAGGUGGGUUACUGGACUGCCUAAGGUCCCGUCGCCCACGUCCCAACCUCAAAGGUUUGACUUGAGCACACCUUCCAAGAAGGCGUUCUAUGAUCUACCUUACAAGGUUUACUAUUCUGGUCUGGCUUUGCCUACCGUGCCAUUUACACACUCAUCCAGCGCGACUCUGAGCGUCCUUUCUCAGCUUCUGACGCACAAUUACCUCCAUCCUGAGAUCAGAGAGAAAGGUGGCGCCUAUGGUGCAGGAGCAAGCAACGGUCCGGUCAAGGGAUUAUUCGCAUUCACCAGCUACCGCGACCCCAACCCUGCCAACACCCUCAAGGUCUUCAAGAACAGUGGGGUCUUCGCGCGUGACCGGGCUUGGUCAGACCGUGAAAUCAACGAGGCUAAGCUUGGUAUCUUCCAAGGACUCGAUGCCCCCGUUAGCGUUGAUGAGGAAGGAUCUAGAUACUUCCUGAAUGGUAUCACGCAUGAGAUGGACCAGCGCUGGAGAGAACAGGUCCUAGACGUCACCGCCAAGGACGUCAACGAGGUUGCGCAGACCUUCCUGGUAGAUGGCACCCGGCGGUCUGUCUGUCUCCUCGGUGAGAAGAAGGACUGGGCCGAAUCUGAGGGCUGGGAGGUCCGCAAGCUCUCUAUGAAUCCCAAUGGUUCCAACAUUCCCUCCGGUGAUGCCGCAUAA